UAACCUGGACGAACGAAGCCUGAGAGUGACAUGACACGUCCUGGUGAAGUUGCAGACGACGCGACAACAGAAGCUUCCCUCCAUCGAAGAUCCUCCCUCAAAUUUUCGCAUCGGCCAUAAGAAAUCCGUCAUCUCUCCACGUUUGGUCACCUGCAUUCGCUCGUGUUCCUCGCUCAGCCACUAGCACGAGCAAAGUCCCAGGGGAAGAAGGAGAAGAAGAGGAGGACGGCGAGGAAGAAGAUGACCCGGAAGCGAAUCUUGGUCGUCGGUGGCACCGGCUACUUGGGCCAGCACCUCCUGCGGGCAUUCUCGGAGGUUCCGGAUCCUCCCUACGACCUCGCGUUCACGUACCGCUCCAACCUCCCUCGGGCAUUGCUCGAUGCCUUCCCUCGUUCUCUGGCCUUUCACGUCGAUCUGCAAUCUGGAGGAGGUCUCGAUGCCGUUUCACAAGCGUUCGGUCAGCCUGACGUGGUCGUUAACUGUGCUGCACUCUCUGUACCUCGUGCCUGCGAAGCAGAUCCAGCUGCUGCUAUGUCUAUUAAUGUGCCUUCUACUCUUGUAGAAUGGCUAUCGACCUUUAAGCAGGCUAACACUCUUCUGAUACAUCUAUCAACUGAUCAAGUUUAUGAAGGGGUGAAAUCCUUUUACAAGGAAGAGGACGAAACUGUUCCUGUGAAUGUUUAUGGAAAGUCUAAAGUGGCAGCAGAGCAGUUUAUCAGCAAGAACUGGUCAAACUUUGCUAUCUUGAGAAGCAGCAUUAUCUUUGGCCCUCAGACUAUUUCACCUGUUCCAAUGUCUCUACCCAUUCAGUGGAUUGAUGGCGUCCUCUCUAGAGGAGAUAAAGCAGAAUUCUUCCAUGAUGAGUUUCGCUGUCCAGUGUACGUUAAGGAUGUUGUAACUAUAAUACAAGCACUGACAAGUAGAUGGAUAUCAGAUGGUGAGUGCAUGCAAUUGCUACUAAACGUUGGAGGACCAGACAGAGUCUCUCGUGCUCAAAUGGCAGAGGCUGUGGCGCAUAUUAGAGGAUACAGCACCUCUUUAAUCACGCUAGUAUCUGCUUCAUCAGUUGACCGUGGUGUGAGAUCCCCAGCUGACAUCUCCAUGGAUAUCACUAGACUGGUUCAGACACUAAGAAUUUCUCCUACUCCAUUUAAAGAAGGUGUCAGAUUGACGCUUGAAGCUGAAGGCAGUGCUUGAUGCUAAAAAUGUUGUUUCUAUUUACUCCAUUUGUUUUUUAUUGUUAAAUUGGUUUUAUAAGCCAUUCUUGAUGAUCACCAGCCACUGAAGAGCCGAGGAUCUAUUGGGCUUAGGUUCUGCUAGGUUCUGUUGGCUGGAAGUUCCAAUGUAUCGUUUCAUUCUUAUGCAGGUGUUGUGUAAUGACAAUCAUGGAAUGAUUCACGUAUGUCGAAUAAAAAUUCAUUGUUCACUUGUUCA